AUGAUCCGUCAACUUGGGAUUUUCCUCGUCAUUAGCGACCAAGCUAGUUUUACGUUCAUUUGCGCGACUUUUUACAAUCCAUUUAGUGGAGCAUCUUCUCAAAUGAUUGCUUGUCCGACGACCCCUUGUGAUGGCUCAACUUGUUGCAAUAACGAAACCCUCGUCAUCAACGUUUCGACAAACCAAACUCAAUGUGGGCAACAACUGCCCCCAGAUCCCGUCUAUGCAUUGCCAGCCUGUCCAACGGUAUCUUGCCAACAGUGUGGCAGCCUGCCGGCCUUCUUUAAGCCGAAUCCUCUGGCUCCAUAUCCGGUUGGACAAAUGACCUACACCUACUCCAUCAAUGUCACUAACUGUUGCAUGGUGGCCGAUUGGGAUUGCUCGCGAAAUGCAGGAGAUAAUAUGGGCUUUCAAGUGAAUGAUGGGUCUGGAGCCGUUGCACAAGCACAACAAUGUCCAAAUGUGGACUCGACGAAAAAACCGGAAAUGUUUCCGUUUCUUUGCGGGAAUGAUAAAGUCUGGCGCUUUCAUGGGCACACCUUCACCAAUUUUGCGUGUUAUGUUCUUGGAACGGGCGCCUGU